UGUGCACACGCGAACUUUUACAUCUCAUUUCAUUUUUAGCGCUACAUCUAAGAAAACGUGGCAUUGCUAGAGUUGUUUUACUGUGCACAGCCGGAGCACUGGAGGUCUUUUAUUAACCUUCCAAAAUCCGCGAAGAGUCUGUGCUGGUUCGGAAGCGCUGCAGGCGGGGAUCUGUUUGCACACGGUGCGCGUCGGCAGCGUGGAUCACAAGGCUGUGUGCGUCGCGUGUGUUUGAUCCACAGUCAGAUGUACAAGGAGUCCACGCAACUUUCACAGGAACUCUCAAGAACUCCAUAUCCCCUUUUUGGAUGAACGCAACUUCAGCUUUCUUGGACGUAUAUUUUAAAUCACAUUGUUCUUUUUUGUUUUGUUUUUUUAAAUAUUUUUUUAUUUCAGGCUUGUCGGUUUUUAAAAUUGUGAGGGUUCACUUUUAAAUUAGUUGCACUCCAAGAAGUUAAUCAUGUUCAAGAAGAAGGAUCCGGAAAGAACGGGACUCGUCUCGGAUUUGAGGAGCUCGUACACCGCUUUGGCAAGUGUGCCCAACCAGAUGGCGUUGCAGAUAGACGGCACUGGUGGCAUCAAGCAUUGCCAUGACAACAGCAGCGCACAGGAGGAUCGUGAGCGGGAGAAGAAGGUCGCCCAGAGGAGGCUGUAUGUGGUCUCUGUCAUCUGCCUGCUUUUCAUGAUUGGUGAAAUCAUUGGUGGCUAUUUAGCAGGCAGUCUUGCGGUGAUGACGGACGCUGCCCACCUGCUUGCAGACUUCAUCAGCUUCCUCAUCAGCUUGUUGUCCCUCUGGCUCUCCUCCAGACCUGCCACUCACAAGCUCAGCUACGGCUGGCAUCGCGCAGAGAUUCUGGGCUCUCUGCUGUCCGUGUUCACCAUCUGGCUGGUAACAGGAGUGUUGGUUUACCUGGCUGUGGAGCGCCUCGUCAGCAAUGACUACACCAUCGAGGGCACCAUCAUGCUCAUUACCUCUGGUUGUGCUCUGUUGGCUAAUAUCGUCAUGGCCCUCAUUCUGCACCAGUCCGGCCACGGCCACAGUCACGGGGGAGUGGGCUCACACGGCCACAGCCACAAAGGGAACGAGCACGAUCGCGCUACGAAGCAGAAAGAUGACCAUGCAGACCCCGAGAAAAACGUGGUUGCUAAUGGAGGGAGGUCUCAGCAGGACAACGCCAGCGUACGAGCGGCCUUUGUCCAUGUGUUGGGAGAUCUCCUCCAGAGCGUCAGCGUCUUACUCAGCGCCAUUAUUAUCUUCUUCAAGCCAGAAUAUAAGAUCGCGGACCCCAUCUGCACCUUCCUGUUCUCCAUCUUUGUCUUGUGCACUACCUUCACCAUCUUGAGGGACAUUCUUGUAGUCCUGAUGAACGGCACUCCUGCGGGGGUGAAGUACGGCGAGGUGCGAGAUAGCCUUCUGGAGGUGAAGGGGGUGAAGGCGGUCCACAACCUUCACAUCUGGGCCCUCACCAUGAACCAGACUGUGCUGACCGCCCACGUGGCCAUAGACGAGACGGUGGACGCUCAGACUGUCCUUAGAGAAAUGACACAGGCCUGUAUCUCCUCCUACAACUUCCACUCGGUUACAAUUCAAAUGGAGAGGCAGGCCGACCUGAAGCCUGGAUGUACCCUGUGUGAGGAGCCCAAGAUGUAGGAACCUGCGCAACGCUUUUAUCAGAAUUGGGCCACGCUGUGCGUUCACGGUCCGGUUUGAUCCGCACUGCUCUCGGGUUCCUGCGACAUUUAUUCCAAAGGCCUAUGACCGUGUGUGUUGAAGGAAAUAGGAAAGAGCCUGAGAGAAAGAGCAGGCUUGUUCAUGAUUGAAAUCAUUUUAGAAGAAAGGUUCCGUAUCCAAACCAUUCCCCGCGCAUGAAGUUUUAACUAGCAUCAGCUGUAUUUGCUUUUAAGUAUUUGUGUUGAAAUAUAAGUCGCAGUGAAAACAGCUUCAAGCUUCAAAAUGUAAGCGCUAAACACUUGAUUUUCUGUAUUCUGAGGAACUUUUAUUAAUUUCUUUGGGAAAUCCCAUUUCUUUAAAGGAAAUUCAGAAACCCAGGGGCAUGGUGACAACUGAAAAUAUAAUUCAGUAAGACUCUCAGGCAUUCUGUAUUGUUUCAACAUGUAGCUAUGACUUCUGCUUAGUCUUUUGUUUGGGCGGCGUAACCUCUUUAAAUGUGCAUGUGGCACUCCUCUCUGAUAGCGUAAGGUUGUUUUUAAUUCAUUUUAUAAACCAGUUAUUGGCUCAUAUCCCGCAAGUCUGUGUUCUCUGUGAAGCUGUAAUAUUUAUUUUAUGUUGCUGUUACAAUAAUAAAGUCACAAUAAUUUAAGAAGGAAAAUAAGCCUUUCCUCUAGUUGAGUAAAGGCUUUUGCUUUGGAUCGGGAAAUCCUAUUUGGUAAUUGUUAACUUGUAUAGAAAUUACACAUGCACGUCUACUCUUAUUACCCAUUUUAACUACUCUAUUCACCCUGUGACCUUGUAAAGCAUUCUGACCAAUGCAAAAGUACUGUUUUUAUUUUUAGCAUUAACCUACUGUAUGCACAGAUGCAACCAUUUCCACCCUGAUACUUACAGAUCAAUUAGGUAUGUAAAUAUCACUUUUAUUUAGUGGUUAUUCAACCAGCAUUCUCAGAAGUACUGUGUGCAUGAGUGUUUCACCAGCGCCUUUCUACUGUUUUAAGAUUAAAUAUUGAAAUAAAUAUUCCUUUACAGAG